CUCUCGGGUCCUCAAAUCUUUAUUAACUUACAUUUUUGGUCACCUGUAACUGACUCUUCGGCCCCUGACUCCACUGACUCUGAUGCUUCGGCCCCUGACUCCAUUGACUCUGAUGCUUCGGCCCCUGACUCCACUGACUCUGAUGCUUCGGCCCCUGACUCCAUUGACUCUGAUGCUUCGGCCCCUGACUCCAUUGACUCUGAUGCUUCGGCCCCUGACUCCAUUGACUCUGAUGCUUCGGCCCCUGACUCCACUGACUCUGAUGCUUCGGCCCCUGACUCCACUGACUCUGAUGCUUCGGCCCCUGACUCCACUGACUCUGAUGCUUCGGCCCCUGACUCCACUGACUCUGAUGCUUCGGCCCCUGACUCCAUUGACUCUGAUGCUUCGGCCCCUGACUCCAUUGACUCUGAUGCUUCGGCCCCUGACUCCACUGACUCUGAUGCUUCGGCCCCUGACUCCACUGACUCUGAUGCUUCGGCCCCUGACUCCAUUGACUCUGAUGCUUCGGCCCCUGACUCCACUGACUCUGAUGCUUCGGCCCCUGACUCCACUGACUCUGAUGCUUCGGCCCCUGACUCCACUGACUCUGAUGCUUCGGCCCCUGACUCCAUUGACUCUGAUGCUUCGGCCCCUGACUCCAUUGACUCUGAUGCUUCGGCCCCUGACUCCAUUGACUCUGAUGCUUCGGCCCCUGACUCCACUGACUCUGAUGCUUCGGCCCCUGACUCCAUUGACUCUGAUGCUUCGGCCCCUGACUCCAUUGACUCUGAUGCUUCGGCCCCUGACUCCAUUGACUCUGAUGCUUCGGCCCCUGACUCCAUUGACUCUGAUGCUUCGGCCCCUGACUCCAUUGACUCUGAUGCUUCGGCCCCUGACUCCAUUGACUCUGAUGCUUCGGCCCCUGACUCCACUGACUCUGAUGCUUCGGCCCCUGACUCCAUUGACUCUGAUGCUUCGGCCCCUGACUCCAUUGACUCUGAUGCUUCGGCCCCUGACUCCAUUGACUCUGAUGCUUCGGCCCCUGACUCCACUGACUCUGAUGCUUCGGCCCCUGACUCCACUGACUCUGAUGCUUCGGCCCCUGACUCCACUGACUCUGAUGCUUCGGCCCCUGACUCCACUGACUCUGAUGCUUCGGCCCCUGACUCCACUGACUCUGAUGCUUCGGCCCCUGACUCCAUUGACUCUGAUGCUUCGGCCCCUGACUCCAUUGACUCUGAUGCUUCGGCCCCUGACUCCACUGACUCUGAUGCUUCGGCCCCUGACUCCAUUGACUCUGAUGCUUCGGCCCCUGACUCCACUGACUCUGAUGCUUCGGCCCCUGACUCCAUUGACUCUGAUGCUUCGGCCCCUGACUCCAUUGACUCUGAUGCUUCGGCCCCUGACUCCACUGACUCUGAUGCUUCGGCCCCUGACUCCAUUGACUCUGAUGCUUCGGCCCCUGACUCCAUUGACUCUGAUGCUUCGGCCCCUGACUCCACUGACUCUGAUGCUUCGGCCCCUGACUCCAUUGACUCUGAUGCUUCGGCCCCUGACUCCACUGACUCUGAUGCUUCGGCCCCUGACUCCAUUGACUCUGAUGCUUCGGCCCCUGACUCCAUUGACUCUGAUGCUUCGGCCCCUGACUCCAUUGACUCUGAUGCUUCGGCCCCUGACUCCAUUGACUCUGAUGCUUCGGCCCCUGACUCCAUUGACUCUGAUGCUUCGGCCCCUGACUCCAUUGACUCUGAUGCUUCGGCCCCUGACACACUGCCCCUCAGUUGACACAGGACUGGUUGAGCACAGACGUAAAACCUGGAACAGGAACGAAGGUUUACUUUCAAAGAUAAAAAAAAAAUCCUAUUUUGUGACAUUUUUCAGAUCCCUACUUCGCGUUUGUUCUAAUACGUGAUGGA